AUGCCCACUAUCUCGGUUGACAAGGCCGCACUCUUCAAGGAGCUGGGUCGAGACUACACUACGGAGGAAUUCGACGAGUUGUGCUUCGAGUUCGGCAUUGAACUCGACGAAGAUACCACCGAUUCCGACCGACCGAUCGUCGACGGCGUGCAGGAGCCCCCGCAACUCAAGAUUGAAAUCCCCGCCAACCGAUAUGAUUUGCUUUGCUUCGAAGGUAUCCAGCUGAUGCUGAACAUUUUCCUGGGCCGGAAGAGCUUGCCUGAAUACAAGCUGGUCCCGCCGCCCAAUGGCCAGCUGCAGGAGAUUAUUGUCAAGGAAGAUACAACCAAGAUUCGCCCUUACGUCUCAGGUGCAAUCCUCCGCAAUGUCAAGUUCGACGCUGCUCGCUACGAGUCUUUCAUCGCUCUCCAGGAUAAGCUUCACCAGAACCUGGCUCGUCAACGAACCCUUGUUUCCAUUGGUACUCAUGAUUUGGAUACCAUCCAAGGGCCUUUCACCUAUGAGGCUCUCCCUCCCAAGGAUAUCAAGUUUGCUCCCUUGAACCAGACCCAGGAGAUGAACGGCGAGGAAUUGAUGAACUUCUACGAGAAACACCAGCAGCUGGGCAAAUACCUGCACAUCAUCCGCGAUUCCCCCGUGUACCCCGUCAUUUACGAUGCGAACCGAACCGUCUGCUCUCUUCCCCCCAUUAUCAAUGGCGAUCACUCCAAAAUCUCCCUCAACACCACCAACGUCUUCAUCGAGAUCACCGCUCUUGACCGCACAAAACUCGAGAUUGUGAACCGCAUGGUGGUUACCAUGUUCUCUCAAUACACCGCGGAGGAGUUCACUAUUGAGCCCGUGAGGAUCGUUUCGGAGCACAACAACGAGACUCGUAUCACUCCCGAUCUCACCCCUCGUAUCGCUGAGGCCGAAGUUUCCUAUAUCAACCAAUGCUGUGGCCUCGAUCUCUCUGCGGCCGAUAUCAGCAACCGAUUGACCAAGAUGGCCUUCCGCGCCAAGCCUUCGUCUACCAAGGCUGACGUUAUUGAGGUUGAGAUUCCUCCCACUCGUGCCGAUGUCCUUCACCAGUGUGACAUCAUGGAGGAUGUCGCCAUUGCCUACGGUUUCAACCAACUUCCUCGCUCGUUCCCUAGCAAGUCUGGAACCGUUGCCCAGCCCCUUCCCAUCAACAAGCUGACCGACAUCAUCCGUGUUGAGGCCGCCAUGGCCGGCUGGUCAGAAGUUCUUCCUCUGAUCCUGUGCUCUCACGAUGAGAACUUUAGUUGGUUGAACCGCAAGGACGAUGGUAACACUGCUGUCAAGCUUGCCAACCCCAAGACCCAGGAGUUCCAGGUUGUCCGUACCAGUCUACUGCCCGGUCUGUUGAAGACCAUCCGUGAGAACAAGGCCCACUCUGUGCCCAUGAAGAUCUUCGAAGUCAGCGAUGUUGCUUUCAAGGACGUGACAUUGGAGCGCAAGAGUCGCAACGAGCGUCACUUUGCUGCUGCAUGGUACGGACGUACCAGUGGUUUCGAAGUCGUUCACGGUCUCUUGGACCGUGUGAUGGCUAUGCUGAGAAGCGCUUUCAUCACCGGUGAGGAGGGACUGCAAAACCCCGAGGCGGCUCACUCAGAGUACUUCAUCAAGGAGCUGGACAACCCUACCUACUUUGCCGGUCACGCUGCCAGCAUCCACGCACGUAUUGGCGGCAAGGAGCACGUUAUUGGACAGUUCGGUAUCCUGCACCCCACUGUGCUGGAGAAGUAUGACCUCAAGUUACCCGUCAGCACCCUCGAGAUAAACAUCGAACCCUUCCUGUAG